UGGAGUAAAGACACGGUUAGGGUUUUCCCUUUCUGGACCGGGUUUUUCCACUUCUGAGAUUAGUUUCACACAAAUUUAAACGCUAUUUACGAAGCAGCUGGUGAGCAACAAAUCGGCGUUAAACCUACGCGACUACUAGUCGCGCCGAAGAGGCGCCGCGGUGUUACGUCACGGUCGGCCGGCGGACGUUCCGCUUUUUUCACGUCGCACGGCCCGCGGCUCGGCUUAACGUCCUCGCGGCAUGGAGGAAGGGGCGUUAAAGCGUGUGAUAAAGCUCACGCAGGACGGCCGGGUGAGCGCGCUGGAAGCGGAGCUGUGCCGCGGCGGCGCGGCCGCGGCGAACACGCAUCUCGGGAGGUCGCGGGACACUCUGCUGCACCACGCCGCCCGCCACGGGCACGCGGACGUGCUCGCGUGCCUGACGCGGCGGCUGGGGAUGGACGUGGAGCUGUGCGACCGCGACUUCAAGAGGCCGCUGCACGAGGCUGCGUCCGCGGGGCACGCUGAAUGCGUGAGGUUUCUGAUCGGCGAGGGAGCGACAGUGGACUGUUUAAAGAAGGGCGACUGGACUCCUCUCAUGAUGGCCUGCACUCGAAGAAACCUGGGGGUCAUUAAGGAGCUGCUGACCCACGGAGCCGACCCCGGGCUGAAAAACAAAGAUGGCUGGAACUCUUUCCACAUAGCUUGCAGGGAGGGCCACCCCGAGGUCAUACAACACCUCCUGUGUGUCGCCCCGGGUGUUUGGGAGACAGCAAGCAAAACCCUCAGGACGCCCCUCCACACCGCAGCCAUGCAUGGCUGUGAGGAAGUGACCAGGCUGUUGUUAGAGAGGUGCAGCUACACACCAGACAGCCGAGACAGCUGCGGGGUCACUCCUUUCAUGGACGCCAUCAGGAAUGGACACGUCUCUGUGGCGAAGCUACUUUUGGAGAAGCACCAGGCAUCUCCAACGGCUUGUGACAUACUCGGGGCUCAGCCCGUGCACCAGGUAGCAGUCACCGGCCAAGAGGAGGCGCUGCGGUUCUUAGUGGGCCAGCUCAACGCGGACGUGAACCAGAAAGCAACCGGCAUCCAGCUCACCGCCCUGCAUUACGCCGCCAAGGAGGGCCACACGGCCGCUGUAAAAACACUGCUGGAUUUGGGAGCGGAUCUUCACGUUAAAGACAGAAAGGGACGAACCGCCCUGCAUAUGGCCUGCAUCGGGCAGCACGCAGACACCGCCCGGGCACUCCUGCAGCUGGGGCUGAGAGACUCGGCAGAUGAAUCCGGCACCACUGCACAGCAGCUGGCCAGGAAACCAGACGUCCUCAACGUGUUUCAGUGAAGCAGUUCGACGAUAUUCUGCUGCAACAUGUAGGAAAAAACAUCCCUUUCAUGCUACCUAAUAUUAUUAUUAUUGUAUUUAGUGAUACGCCCAUGAAUCCCGGAUAUGAUACGAUGGCAGUGUUGUUUGAGUUCGCUGGACUAUAGACCACAAG